GUUGUUGUACUGUCUCUUUAAUAAGAUACCGUAAAGGAUCAGGUUGCGCACCGGGUAGUACUGGUAUUAUUUACAACUGGAAAGAGAGAAUUUACAGAUUGCGAUGAUACCCCAGCCCAUCAUUUCUACAUUGCGCAGUGGUGUGAGUUGCUGGCGACAUCGAAGUGUUUUAGUAACGGCUUUAAGGCUCCAGGCCUUGGACUUUCGAAGCGUACGUUGUCGGUCUACCUCGGCACCUGGUACUGUCAGAUCCAUGGAGGACAUACUGACGAGGGUUGUGGUACCGUUACCUACAUACGAGACGAGAGAGAAGUGCCCGCCUCCACCUGAAUCGAACAGUUUGGAAUUUAUGCAUUUCUACAGAAGCCUUGAAAAGGAAGAGAAGUCACAAUUACUAGCAACGCUAUCACACGAUUUUGGUGUGGACCACAAAGGAGUUUCAGAGCUAGCAGGCAAGCUGCUCGACACUCAGUUAAGGGACUUGGCUACAAUAUUGCAAGUAGAGGACAGGUUACGAUACAGUCUGACUCCGCGCUAUAAACAGUUGCUUAAUCACAUAAGCAGGGUUGAGGGGGGAGUGAAGUUCCUGGUGGACCUACGUGCCGAUCUGCUUGAAAUAAUAUCAUCUAAAGGAAGUGACAGUCCUCACAUUCGGGACCUGAAUGGCACUCUGAAGAGUCUGCUGUCGGAGUGGUUCUCUGUGGGUCUGCUGCGUCUGGAGAGGAUCACCUGGCAGUCACCCUGUGAGAUACUGCAGAAGAUCAGCCAGUACGAGGCUGUGCACCCUGUGAGGAACUGGACCGAUAUAAAACGUAGGGUGGGCCCGUACCGUCGCUGCUAUGCCUUCACUCACGCUGCCAUGCCAGGGGAACCACUGGUCGUCCUGCAUGUGGCACUCACAGAGGACAUCUCUGAUAACAUACAGAGUAUCGUGAGAGAGUUGGCUACCCUGGACUUGGAGGAGGAUGUGAACAAGGUCAAUACAGCAGUGUUCUACUCCAUCUCCUCCACCCAGGCUGGCCUGCAGGGGGUGGAGCUGGGGAACGUUCUUAUCAAGAGAGUGGUGCGGGAGCUGCAGAGUGAGUUCCCCCACAUGUCCCAGUUCUCCAGCCUGUCUCCCAUCCCGGGCUUCUCCUCCUGGCUACAGGGCCUGCUCAGCCAGCACCGGAAGGAGGGCCGCAUGGAGCUGCUAACUGAACGUGAGUGGAGGGAGGUGGCAGAUGUCACAAACACAGCCCCCGAUACCAACGCCCUGGAUGCCCUGCGUAAGCUGAUCAGCACUGGCGAGUGGACCCGCUCUGAACGCCUGGUCCACGUCCUGGAGCCUGCCCUGAUGCGCCUCUGUGCCUGGUACCUCUACGGAGAGAAGCGGCGCGGCUAUACCCUGAACCCUGUGGCCAACUUCCACCUGCAGAACGGUGCCACCAUGUGGAGGCUGAACUGGCAUGCAGACACCAGCCCCCGGGGAGUGGCCAACUCCUGUGGCAUCAUGGUGAACUACAGAUACUUCCUGCAGGAGACCCCGUCCAACAGCGCUGCCUACAUGCACAACAAAGUGAUCACAGUUACAGAGCAGGUGCUGGGCUUGGUCUCACAGUUUCAGAAGAACAGCAAACUCUGAGCUUCAUGGAUACACAUGUACACCCACACACACACUUGGUAUCAAAGAUGGAUCUAGGUCCAGGACUGGCUGACUUUACAGCUCUGAUCUAAUGUGCCAAAACACGUUGAAAAACAUGGAGACAAUUUGUGGAAUGAUAUUCAUUUAUUUUGUUAUUUUCUAUUUGCAAUCUAGCCCAUGUAGCGCAUGGAUUUUCCUCUCCCUUCCUUCCUGUGUGUGGUGUUAUCAUCUCUGAUAGACUGUGUUUUAUGGUGUGAGAGACUGCAGUUAAUGAAGCGAGAGACAUUUACAGUGCCUUGCAAAACUAUUCAUCCCCCUUGGCAUUUUUCCUAUUUUGUUGCAUUACAACUUGUAAUUUAAAUGGAUUGUUAUUUGGAUUUUAUGUAAUGAACAUACACAAAAUAGUCCAAAUUGGUGAAGUGAAAUAAAAAAACAACUGCUUUCAAAAAAUGUAAAAUAUAAAACAAUGGAAAAGUGGUGCGUGCAUAUGUAUUCACCCCCUUUGCUAUGAAGCUCCUAAGUCAGAUCUGGUGCAACCAAUUACCUUCAGAAGUCACAUAAUUAGUUAAAUAAAGUCCACCUGUGUGCAAUCUAAGUAUCACAUGGUCUGUCAAAUGAUCUCAAUAUAUAUACACCUGUUCUGAAAGGCCCCAGAGUCUGCAACACCACUAAGCAAGUGGCACCACCAAGCAAGUGGCACCAUGAAGACCAAGGAGCUCUCCAAACAGGUCAGGGACAAAGUUUUGGAGCAGUACAGAUCGGGGUUGGGUUAUACAAAUAUAUCAGAAACUUUGUUUCAAAGUUUUCAAAGCAAAAAAUUUAAAGAAUAUGGCAUCACAAUAAACCUGCCAAGAGACGGCCGCACACCGAUACUCACGGACCAGGCAAGGAGGGCAUUAAUCAGAGAGGCAACAACGAGAUCAAAGACAACCCUGAAGGAGCUGCAAAGCUCCACAGCGGAGAUUGGAGUAUCUGUCCAUAGGACCACUUUAAGCCGUACACUCCACAGAGCUGAGCUUUACGGAAGAGUGGCCAGAAAAAAAGCCAUUGCUUAUAGAAAAAAAAUAAGCAAACACGUUUGGUGUUUGCCAAAAGGCAUGUGGGAGACUCCCCAAACAUAUGGAAGAAGGUACUCUGGUCAAAGGAGACUAAAAUUGAGCUUUUUGGCCAUCAAGGAAAAUGCUAUGUCUGGCGCAAUCACAACACCUCUCAUCACCCCGAGAACACCAUCCCAACAGUGAAGCAUGGAGGUGGCAGCAUCAUGCCGUGGGGAUGUUUUUCCAUCAACAGGGACUGGGACACUGGUCAGUAUUGAAGGAAUGAUAGAUGAUGCUAAAUACAGGGAAAUUAUUGAGGGAAACCUGUAUUAGUUUUCAGAGAUCUGAGACUGGGACGGAGGUUCACCUUCCAGCAGGACAAUGACCCUAAGCAUACUGCUAAAGUAACACUCGAGUGGUUAAAGGGUUAACAUUUAAAAUGUCUUGGAAUGGCCUAGUCAAAGCACAGACCUCAAUCCAAUUGAGAAUCUGUGGUAUGACUUCAAGAUUGCUGUACACCAGUGGAACCCAUUCAACUUCAAGGAGCUGGAGCAGUUUUGCCUUGAAGAAUGGACAAAAAUCCCAGUGGCUAAAUGUGCCAAGUUUAUAGAGACAUACCCCAAGAGACUUGCAGAUGUAAUUGCUGCAAAAGGUGUUUCUACAAAUUAUGGACUUUGGGGGGUGAAUAGUUAUGCACGCUCAAGUUUUCAGUUCUUUUGUCUUAUUUCUUGUUUGUUUCACAAUAAAAAACUAUUUUGCAUCUUCAAAGUGGUAGGCAUGUUGUGUAAAUCAAAUGAUACAACCCCCCCCAAAAUCAUUUUUAAUACCAGGUUGUAAGGCAACAUAAUAGGAAAAAUGCCAUGGGGUGAAUACUUUCGCAAGCCACUAUAUCAGGCCGUGCCAUGUUUCUACUUGACAACGUGUGUGAUGCUGUAGCACAGCAAAUAGGCUGCAGAGCUACUAGAAUAAACCAUGUUUUGAUCAUUUGGUUGAUCUGUUUAGCUGCAAAGAGGCGUGUGUGUGUGUGAUCGUGCAGAGCCGGGCAGGCAAAAAAGAGAACAGACACCCACAUUGUAUAGAAUUAUGUACAGCAAUACAGUACCAUAUUGUCUCGAACACUGAUUGUCACCCUACAAUCUCUACUAAUCAGUUAAUUAAUAAUGCUUCUACAUCUGCGUUGCUUGCUGUUUGGGGUUUUAGGCUGGGUUUCUGUACAGCACUUUGUGACAUCGACUGAUAUGAAAAGGGCUUUAUAAAUAAAUUUGAUUGAUUUGAUUUGAUUAAAUUACUGAUGAUCAGUCAGGCUAUUCUUUAAUGAGCUGUGCUCGCAAGAGAUUUAACAUUUUGAAUUUAAUUUACACUAUAUGUAGAAGUUUAUGUUCUGCAAAAGGCUAAGUCAUGUUUCAUACCAAAAUGUGUUCAGUGGCCAUGGCUGACACCAUAGUCAUUGCAGAGGGUGUUUGGAAAUGUUUGCUACCUGCCACCACUCACUCCCCCCUAGAGACACAUAUCUGAUGUACUGCUACACCAAAGUACUGAACCAAGUGGGACUCAUAUCUGCCCCCACUCUAUUGUUUUGAAAGACUAUAGCACAGCAAGUUGACUGUGAAAUUACAUUUUAUCUCUCAAAGGAGCCAAACUUUUUUUCCGAGCCAGCCACACAGUGUCCCAGAAACUAAUGAAGUGAGAAAUAAAGUUAAAAUAAAUGGAUAGAUUUAUAGUAUUCACUGUAAAUCCGGGAAGGAAAUCAGAGAGCAUAAAAGGACACUGUUUAUAGGAUGCCCCUGAGAAAGCAUUCCUCUCGUGAGACAGACAGGGAGGGUGGACACCUGCUGAUGCUCCAGUGCAAAGUCCAAGGCUGUCACACCCUUCACAACCAUGGAUGAGAUUUUGAAUGGAAACAACAAUGACAUAUCCCUACCUUUCCACCAAGCAAAGAACAUAUUUACUGUUCUAUCAAUUCAACAACAUAGAUGGAUGGAUUUCUGUGGUGUUUAUUCUUGAAUGACAUUGAACUCAAGAACUGGAAAAGUUGUCAACAAACUGGAGCACUGAGUCAACAGAGAUAUCACAACAUUGCAUUUCCACUUUAUGUCCUUCAUUGUCAGACAAGAGAAAAGAGCUACAGAGCAUGUACAUGUGCUUGAAUUGAUUUGAUGUGUGAAUAAACCUGUCAGUUGCGUUAAUGUA